AUGUUGAAAACACUUACCUCCUUAACUAUCCUUGACAUUUCUUUUAACUCCUUCAAUUCCACGGAUAUACUAAAUUCUCUAUGUAAUCAUGCGAGUCUCAUUCGUUUGGAUCUAAGUGACAAUCCACUUGAAGGAUCACUUCCUGCUUGCCUUGGAAAUUUGACUUCUCUCAGGUUAUUUGAUCUAGGAAACAACAAAUUUGGUGGAGAAAUACCAAGUGAGUUGGGUAAUCUCAAACAGCUAGAAACUUUGUCACUCCGUUUCAAUCAUUUCAUCCGAGAAAUUCCCGACCAACUCUGCAACUUAUCAUCUCUAGCAUUUCUAUCUCUUUCUGAAAACCGGCUGACAGGAAAAAUUCCUCUGUGCUUCGGAAACUUGCAGCAACUCAGUGGGUUGUAUUUAAGUAAAAACAAUUUCCAGGGGGCGCUACCAUCAGUGUUGAAGAAGUUGAAACAUUUAUCAGAACUCGAUCUCAGCGGGAAUAACUUUUCAGGCCCUGUACCUGAAUGGGUUGGAGAAGAGUUAACACAAUUACAGAGUCUUAAUCUUCACUCCAACAAGUUCUAUGAUCUGCUGCCUUCAUCACUGAAGAACCUGAAACUUUUAACCCAACUUGAUCUCGGAGGCAAUCAAUUAACUGGCGCCAUACCAGAUUGGAUUGGUGAAGAACUAUCUGGAUUGUGGAACCUUGUCCUUUCGUCGAACCACUUCCACGGCGUGCUUCCGUCGUCAUUGAAGAACUUGAAAGUCUUAACAAAUCUUCAUCUUGGCUGGAAUAAUUUGACAGGGACCAUACCAGAGUGGAUCGGCGAAGAGCUAUCAGAAUUUUGGGAUCUUAGACUUCAAUCUAAUAAUUUCAAUGGAUCACUUCCUUCUUGCCUUGGAAAUUUGACAUCUCUCAUGGUAUUUGAUCUCGGACACCACGAAUUCGGUGGAGAAGUACCUUGUGAAUUAGGUCUUCUGAAACAGCUGCAAACUUUCUCGCUUGGUUUCAAUCAUUUGUAUGGUACAAUUCCUUCUACUCUAUGGCAACUCACCAAAUUACAAGAACUUGAUAUUUCAGUGAAUUCGUUGACUGGCGAGGUGUCGGAAAUCCACUUGAGGGAACUCAAAUCUUUAAAAUCUUUGGAUCUUCCAUCCAAUCAGUUUAUUAUUGAGUUCCCAAUGGAUACCUCCAUUUCAGCUUCCGCACAUAGGGCUGGAUUCUGUGUUUCAUGGGGUGCUUCCGUCCUCAUUGAAGAACUUGAAAACAUGGAUUACACUUCAUCUCGGGAUGAACCAAUUUACAGGCACCAUACCCGAUUGGAUCGGCGAAGAAUUGCAACUAUUAGGGGACCUUAG